AUGUCGAUAACAAAAGCCCUCGCAGUCUUUGCCCUCCUCGGCUCAUCUCUCGCCCUACCAGACAAAGCAAGACGCCACCAUGCUCGUGCUUCAUCUUGCACACCAGUAGCAGGCGGAUCUUCUUCAAUCGACGAUGUUCCCGCUAUCACAUCAGCAAUCGCCUCGUGCGGCAAGGGAGGCACUAUAGUCAUCCCCGCUGGCACGACCUACAACCUGAAGAGCACAUUGGACUUUGCGGGGUGUGUCGACUGUGACUUCCAGCUAGAAGGCACCUUGAAAUUCAGCUCGUCGACAUCUACCUGGAAGGGACAGACAGCAAUGAUCAAUAUCAAGAACAUUGACGGACUUAGAUUCCGAUCUGUAACAGGCAGCGGAGUCAUCGACGGAAAUGGGCAAGAUGCGUACGCAUUCCUUUUCUUCUCUUUUCGCUCAUCCCAGUCCACUAAUAUCACGUAUAGAUGGGAUCUCUUCGCAACAGACAGCACCUACGCACGCCCAACCCUCCUCUACAUCACCGGCGGCUCCAACAUCGAAGUCUCAAACCUCCGCCAAAAAAACCCACCCAACGUCUUCAACUCCGUCAAGGGAAACACCAAGACGGCGAAAUUCCUCAAUCUAAAAAUGGACGCCACGUCCAAGAGCGACAAUGAGCCGAAGAACACAGACGGCUUCGACAUCGGCGCCAGCACAGACGUGACCAUCAGCAACGUGAACGUGAAGAACGACGACGACUGCGUGGCAUUCAAGCCCGGUGCAGACGGCGUCACAGUUACGGAUAUUACCUGCACCGGAAGCCAUGGGCUGUCGGUGGGGUCGCUGGGGAAGAGUGCCGAGGACGUCGUGAAGAAUGUGUAUGUGUCCGGCGCGACAAUGGUUAACUCGACCAAGGCGGCGGGGAUUAAGACGUAUCCUACUGGUAAUGGUCAUGCCAUGUCGACGGUGAGUAAUGUUACUUUCACUGGUGUUGUGGUUGAUGGGUGCGACUAUGCGAUUCAGAUCCAGAGUUGUUAUGGGGAGGAUAGUGAUUACUGUGUGCUGAAUCCUGGGGAUGCGGAUUUGACGGGCGUUGUUUUUGAGAAGUUUAGUGGGAAGACGAGUGGGAAGUAUAAGGCUGUCACGGGCAAUCUUGAUUGUGGAUCUCUUGGGACUUGUGAUGUCAAGGUUAGUGCUUAUACUGUUGAGGCGCCAUCUGGGGGUAGUGAGGUGUUGUGCGCUAAUACCCCGUCGGCUUUGGGGGUGACGUGCACGGCUGGUGCCUCGGGUUGA